CGCAGCAUUAAAGUCCAGUGUGUGCUGGGUCCAGACAGCGAUAUUGAUUACAGUCUGUUAGAAGGGAGUUAUAUUAAGAUUGUCUUUAUAAGAUAACAUGUAGGAUUUAGCGUUUGUGCCGAACUCCAAAGCGCAUUAUGACUGAAAAGGAAAAUAUCCAGAAAUCUGAAAAGAAGCUAGACGGUUAUUAUUUUGUUAGGCGCUAAGAAACUUUAUUCAGUUUUCACCGGAGUCUUGAAAAUGUUACUCUACAGAACUUCGUCAACUUUAAGACUGGUUUCCGUUUUACUGAGUUUGUGGAUUCACCAGAGAACUUGGAAAGCAGUGGAAACGAUUCAUCCAGCAUGUGAUCUGGUGGCUGAACAUAUGAAGGCUCAGGAACAAUGCAUUCAAACACAACGACAAGAGGCCAAAAGUCACAAUAUCACUGGUGAGCUUGCCCAUUACGGAUGCCGCACCGAGCGAGAUGAAUUUUGGUGCUGGUACAAGGCAGAAGUUGGACAGGUGGUGAAUGUUUCAUGUUCCGAAGUCUCUCAGUUCUUCGCCAAAAAUCAUGGUUACAUACUCAGGAUUUGCACUGAAGAUGGUUGGACAAAAACCUACCCAUCUUAUGAGAAUGCUUGCGUGUAUGCAGAGGAUGUGGAAUCAGACACAGAGACCACAUACUUUUCCACUUUCAAGCAUGUGUACAGUGCAGGUUAUGCCACCUCUCUGAUUUCCCUAAUCUCCGCCAUCAUUGUGUUUACAGCCUUCAGAAAAUUCCACUGCACCAGAAACUACAUCCACAUGAAUUUGUUUGUGUCCUUUAUACUGAGAGCAAGUGCGGUAUUCAUCAAAGACGGGGUCCUAUUUGCAGAUGAAAAUCAGGACCACUGCACCAUGUCAUCAACCUCGUGCAAGGCGGUAGUGGCUUUCUUCCAGUUCAGUAUUCUGGCUAAUUAUUUUUGGCUGCUCGUCGAGGGGAUGUAUCUCCAGACUCUUCUAGCUCUUACUUUUGUCUCACAGAAGAAAUAUUUCUGGUGGUACAUCCUUAUUGGUUGGGGUCUUCCAACAGUAACGUUGACCAUUUGGGUUCUGGCAAGGAAUUUUUUUGACAACCAAGGGUGCUGGGAUGACACAGAUAUUCCUUACUUCUGGUGGAUCAUCAAAGGACCAAUCACAGUUUCUCUCUUGAUCAAUUUCUUCAUCUUCAUAAAUGUGAUCCGGAUUCUUGUGCAGAAGCUGAAGUCUCCAGGAAUGGGAGGGACUAAUGAUACCAGUCACUUUAUGAGACUGGCCAAAUCAACUCUUUUCUUGAUUCCUCUGUUUGGCAUGCACUACAUGGUGUUCGCCUUUCUGCCAGAGAACACAGGCGAGAAUGCACGCCACUUCCUUGAGCUCGGCCUUGGAUCUUUUCAGGGUUUUGUGGUCGCUCUGUUAUACUGCUUUCUCAAUGGAGAGGUACAAGCAGAACUUAAAAAGAGGCUGUGGAAGUGGCAGACGCAAAGUUAUUUGAGAUACAGUAAGAGAAGACGAACCCUCUUUACUGAGAGCAGCACGGUCACACAAAUCUCAGUUUUAGAGAAAUCCAGUCCAAAGGAGCUGCCCUUAGUUGAGCCCCAGAACAGUGUGUCCACUGUCUGAGACAAGGAGAGUGACAACUUUUGAUUUCUCUCUCCAUAUCUGUGUCUUUCUCACUGUCUUUCUCUUUCAUUUACACUUUUCAGCUAAAGGGGAAAAUUUAAAGGCGGGGUGCAUGAUCUCUGAAAGCCAAUGUUGAUAUUUGAAAUCACCUAAACAAACCCGCCCCUACCCCAAUAGAAUCUGGACCUUCUUUUGAUAGACCCGCCUCACACAUACGCAACCCAGGCAAUGAUGUCGGUUAGUAGACACGACCCCUUACUGCUGAUUGGCUACAAGUUUGUUUCGGUACUUGGCCCGACUCCCAUUUCCAAAGUGUUUUUCAAAAAUCAUGCAUCCCGCCUUUAAGGAUAUAUUUGAAUUUAAACUAACCCUGAAAAUGAAUUUAGUUGGUAUGACCUCACAUAUUGACCUGAAUGAUGUUACAUGAUAAAACAAUUACAGUGCACAUUUUGUUAAGGUUUCUGAAAGAAUCAAGUAUCAAAGAUAUUCUCUUUGUUCCACACUGACAAGUUAUCCAUCUAAUGAUGAAGUUCAUUCACUCAUAAUAACAAAGCACAAAAUUACACGAGUUAAAUCACAUUGUUGUUUCUAGCAGGUAGUGAUCAUCAUCUGACAAUGUUCUGUUAUACAGUAUAUAUUUAUUAAGUUGCAUAGUUUGUAAUUUUAGACUUUGUUCAGUUGUCUAUUUGCUUGAAAGCGGUGAUGCAGAAUUGCCUUAUAAAAAACAAAAGAUCAAUCUUACCUUGGAUUCUCCAUUUAGAAUAGCUAAGACAUAUUUUCAUAUUCAUAAAGUCAUAUUCAUAAUAUUUUUGUAAAUUGCGUUGUAUUGCAAUAUAUUGCACAGUGCACUCGCCCUAUACUAAAGUAUUAAAUUGCGACAGCCAGGGCAUUCUUAAAUAACAGGUAUUUUCAGGAUAUUCAUUAUGAAUCAAAAUUGAUAAAACAAGUAAAAACUGUUGCAUUUGAUAAAAGAUGUUUCUUUAAAAGGUAUUUAUUAAAACACUAAAUUAUUCUUGUUAAAAAGAAACGUGUAAAGUGAUUACAAAUUGGGAAAAUCUUCAAUAGUAAUUAUUUUGAUUAUAUAGGUGCUGGUUGUAUAAUUAGAAUAUUAUCAAAAAGUUGAUUUAUUUCACUAAUUCCAUUCAAAAAGUGAAACUUGUAUAUUAUAUUCAUUCAUUACACACAGACUGAUAUAUUUCAAAUGUUUAUUUCUUUUAAUUCUGAUGUUUAUAAGAAAAAUCCCAAAUUCAAUAUCUCAGAAAAUUUGAAUAUUACUUAAGACCAAUACAAAAAAGGAUUUUUAGAAAUCUUGGACAACUGAAAAGUAUGAACUUGAAAAGUAUGAGCAUGUACAGCACUCAAUACUUAGUUAGGGCUCCUUUUGCCUGAAUUACUGCAGCAAUCCGGCGUGGCAUGGAGUUGAUCAGUCUGUGGCACUGCUCAGGUGUUAUGAGAGCCCAGGUUUCUCUGAUAGUGGCCUUCAGCUCUUCUGGAUUGUUGGGUCUAGCAUAUCGCAUCUUUCUUUUCACAAUACCCCAUAGCUUUUCUAUGGGGUUAAGCUUAGACGAGUUUGCUGGCCAAUUCAGAACAGGGAUACCAUGGUCCUUAAACCAGGUACUUGUAGCUUUGGCACUGUGUGCAGGUGCCAAAUCCUGUUGGAAAUUGAAAUCUGCAUGUCCAUAAAGUUGGUCAGCAGCAGGAAGCAUGAAGUGCUCUAAAACUUCCUUGUAUAUGGCUGCGUUGACCUUCGACCUUAGAAAACACAGUGGACCAACACCAGCAGAUGACAUGGCACCCCACACCAUCACUGACUGUGGAAACUUUACACUGGACUUCAAGCAACGUGGACUGUGUGCUUCUCCUCUUUUUCUACAGACUCUGGGACUCUGAUUUCCAAGGAAAUGCAAAAUGUACUUUCAUCAGAGUGAGAUCAUAACUUUGGACCACUCAGCAGCAGGCCAGAAGCGAGACACUUCUGAUGCUGUUUGUUGUUCAAGAGUGGCUUGACACAAGGAAUGCGACAGCUGAAACUCAUGUCUUGCAUAUGUCUGUGCGUAGUGGAUCUUGAAGCACUGACUCCAGCUGCAGUAAGGGCGUCCCAAUUCAAAGGAUGCUAAGAAUGAAGCCUCAAAAUGCGCCCUUAUUUCUUGGCGCUGUUAACUCUUUCACCGCCAUUGACGAAAUAUCUCGUCAAUUAAGAGAAAACGCUUCCCUGCCAAUGACGAGAUUUUCCGUCUUUCCGCAAUACCGCUAUUAUCCACCAGGUGGCGCCCUUCCGCAACUUUUUAAACCCGGAAGUAUUGCCCUAUGGCAAGCGGCUGCAUGUCCAUGUCUGUUUUAAAGAUCGCUCUGAAUGGGAUCUCUAUGAAAAGUCCGUCACAAAAAUGGAAUUAUCUCUGCUUUUUGCUCAAAAUGUGGUGUUUUUGCAGAAACCUACCCAUAUUCAAAAGCUGAUUACAAACGAACCACUAAAGGUAGGAUGAAACGUUUUUUUUUUUUUUUUUUUGAAAGCAGAGGGUCUGUUCUUUCAUUUGGUAUAUUGUAUGUUUAUAUAUUUAAAGAAGAACAUUUUCUGGAAGGCAUUAAACUUUGGUGAAAAUCAUGAAAAACGCUGGCGCUGGCUGGCAACUUUUUUUAAAAACGCUGGCGGUGAAAGAGUUAAGGAUAGAACGAAUGGAUCCUUAAUAGCAAAGGCUAUCCCAAGAUUGAUUGCGUGCCUGCAUAUAAUUUCAUAUAACAGCUGGAUAUUUUAAAAUAAACAAUUAAAACCUUUAUUAAAUAAAAGUGUGCAUUUAUCAGAAAUGUUUUUCUUGUCACUGUUUUAGUAAUAUAAGUUAUGUUUUGUGUUAAUAUUAUUCUGUUUAUAUUUCUAAGGUUGAUUAAUUUGAUAUACUGUUGAAUAGUUUAAUCUACAUCAACGUGUCAAUAUUUUUCUGAUUUCAUUUAUUUUAAUAAGUCAAAAACAGGCUCGGUGGGCAUGUGCAGAAGGUGACGCAAAUUAUGGGUUCUCCGAAGGUUAGACUGAAUUUGGUAUUUUUCAAAAUAGAAAAGAAAAAAAAAGAAAGAAACAUUUAAAAUGACUGUGUGUGUAAUGAAUGAAUAUAAUAUACAAGUUUCACUUUUUGAAUGGAAUUGGUGAAAUAAAUCAACUUUUUGACGAUAUUCUAAUUAUAUGACCAGCACUAUGUAUUAGUAAUGAAUAUUUUUGUUUUGAAAGUGGCUUAUUUAAGAAUCAUUUGCAGUGCACACAUCUGGAACACUACACUGUAAAGUUGCUUGUUUUGUAGAAAUGUAGAAAAAAGUUUUAACCUUUUUCAUUGUUGCUAUUUGUACUUGUAAAUAUAUUUGCUGUAUAUACUGCUUUAUGUAUUAUGUGUGCAAACACAUUUGUGCACUGUUUUUUUGUUGUUGUGCUUUUAAAACGCCUGUGCUGUUUAAUAGCAGUACAAAACUGCCAGCUGUGUUUGCCAGUAGUCUACUGUUAAUGUACAGUUCUACUACUGCUAAUAUACAGCUCAUCUAUUUAAUAGUAUGUUACCAUAAUAAUACUAACUGAUGCCUUGGACCAUUCAAUUUUAAAAACUAAUGUUUAUUUGGUGUUAGUACUGUGAACUUGUGAGUCCAUUAAACAACAAACAUUCCUCAAUAUAAAACGAAACUGAAAACACUUUAUUUCUUAAUUUAAGUGAAAUAAUCAUGUUCACACAACACAGUUACUGCUUUUAACAAAGCAACAGGCAACAUAGAUCAACUUAUAUCCAAUGUACGCAAUAAUUACGCUAUAAUCGAACACUAUAAAUAUAAUAAGACAUAAUAAUUUAUUAUUGCAGUAAAAUAUUUACAUAUUUUUUGUGGAUUUAUUUAUAUUUUUUGCUCUUCUUUAAAGUUUUCUCUGUACAUGGGAAAAGGCUUUACAUGGAGUUGGUUUGGGCAUGUAUUAUUUAAAUUAUAUUACUUACUUUGUGCACACAUGCUCAUUCAGAACAUUCACUAGCAUAAAUUUUGGAACAAAUGUAUAUGUUGUCAAUUAGGUGGACAUUUUUUGUGAGAAGUUGACUUUACUUGUAAAUCUGAGUUGAUUCAACAGCAAAGAUUGUUUAUAGUGUGUUAAAAUACAUCACUAUUUUUAUUUCAUCUUAGACCUUUAACCCUUUUAACCACACAGCAAAACAUUUGUUGUCAAAUGAACGAUGCUUAAAGUGUCCACUGUAAAAAGAGAAAAAGUAAUCAAUGCAGUGUUGCCGUUAAUGAGAUAAUGAAGUGUUUCAGCAUAAGUGAUGAACACCUGCUGCUAACAAGACUGUGAAACUACAGUUUGAUACUACUGAAUCAGCUGGGCACAUAUAAAGACAUUAAGAAACAUGAAACUCAACAAUGAUGACAGUCCAAAAAAAAAAAACAUUCAUUCCGCAUUAUAUGGUGAGCAUCAGCAUUAUAACAAACUUAUUCAUGACAACUCAUGAAUGGUGAUUGAUUUCUUUAUUAUUUUGAUGAUUGUCACCAUUGCUAAGGUUUGUAUUAUGAAUUUCGAUGUCUGUGGGCCAUAUUUAAAUGAUCUAAGCACAUGACCUGUUUUAGUUGGACAAUGACGCAGUCAUUUUUAGUUGCCUCAAGAUAGCAAUGUGCCUACAAUGCGCCUGAACACAUUUCGUUUAGUCAUUUGCUAUUUAAUCAACAUGCCGGUGGAUGUGAAAAUGAUAAAUGCGUCAUAGCCAUAACAUUUUUACAAGUCCCUAAUGGUCUCAUUGUUACCUACAUUAACCUACGUUUCAUUUUUUAAACAUCUAUUUUUUCACGUUUCUGAUCAAAACGUUUCUGGUGAAAAAGAAUUCUCUUAAAGGGAUAGUUCACCCAAAAAUGAAAAACUUUUACUCACCCUCAGUUGUUCUAAAUCUGUACUGUAUAAAUGUCUAUGUUCUGCUAAACAUCUUUUAUAUAAAAAGGAAGAUAUUUUGAGCAAUGUUUAUAACCAAACCAUUUUUGAGCACCAUUGGCAUAGUAUUUUUUCUGCACUAUGGAAGUCAGGGGAGAUCCUGUUUCUGACUUGUUUUUAAAUAUCUUCCUUUGUGUUCAGCAAAACAAAUACAUUCAUACAGGUUUGGAACAACUUGAGGGUAAGUAAAUGAUGAAAGAAUAUUUAUUUAAGUCAAAAUACAAAUACCGGAGACAGCUUUAAGGUUAAGCUUAUUCAGUGGCGGUUCUACACGGGGGCCGAGGGUGGCCCGUGCCUCUGUAGAUAUGUCCCUGGCCACCCCUGUGGCCACCCCAUGCUGACCAAAUAAAAAAUAUAUUAAUUUAUUUUGAUUUUACACGCGAGCGCCAAAAGCGGAACUAAUGCGACGCAACGUUAUACACGGGCAAAUUAGAGCGGCGCGCCCAACCACUGUAUCCCUGCGGCUGCUGCUCUGCAAGUGCCUAAAUUCAUUCAAGCUCCCGAGGUUGUGAAUGUGUAUGCAGGUUCGGGCACUGGUAAGGAGUCUAGCUCACUUGGGACACUGUUCACUUAUUCUCCUGUGACGUGGUUGCGAUCAUUCACAGCUGUUACUCAUCAACGACCGGCAAAUCCAACAUCUCGCUGACUUUUUUUAAACAGAACAUUGUGAAAAGUGCUGUAAUUAUUAUGUUCUUACAUAUACGUACAUAAAAUUGGAGGAAUAUUAUUAAAUGUUACAUAAUUGUAAAUAUUUACAAUUUAAAAUAAAUAUUAUUUUAUUAUUAUAAAGUAAUUCAUUCAAUAAUUUAAAUAUUAUUAAUAUUAAGCCCUUAAAUGGCAGACUCCCUAAUCAGUGCCCUGACUACUGAACAAGGGAGCUGAUGAGAGAUCAGCUCCUAUUUUGCUCCUGCACUCACUCUUGUAAAAAAAUAAAUGUUUAUAUGAUUGUAAACUAAAAGAAAGUUAAGGGGCAGUUUCCCGGACAGGGGUUAGACUAGUCCUAGACUAAAAUAAAUGUAAGAGCUGUCCAAACUGAAAACAACUUGCACUGACAUAUCUUAAAAUGCGCUUUGUUUUGCUUCAAAAUGCACACAAUUAAUGUUUUUAGUAAGGCAUGUUUGUUAAAACUAGUUAUAUUUCCUAAUUAAACUAAGGCCUAGCCCUGGCUUAAACUAAUCCCUGUAACCACCCCUAUAAUCUUUAAAUAUCAUUUGUUGCCCUUUUUUAAUGUGCCCCUCUUGUUAAACACUGGCCCCUCCUUGGCCCCCCUAGUGAAAUUUGUCUAGAACCGCCACUGAGCUUAUUCAUAUUUGGCAAUAUGAAUCUAUUCUAAAUUCCAUGUCCUUUUCAUGAGCUCCAUGAAAAGUUAGAAAAGGAAUGUAUGCAGCAUCAGGGGAGACUCCCAGUCUAAGACACAAGAGAAAUCCCCCUUGAGAACAGAGCAUGCAUGCAACAGUGAUAACAAAAUAAACUUGAUAAUGUUUAAACACAAGUUAAAGGAGGUGUUUGGUAGGAGGUGGGUUGCAAGCAGUGUGUUUAAAAGGUUGUUUGCCAAUUAGGGGCACAUGACUUAAAUCAACUGGCAUGGCUGGGUUUGACUGAGGGCAGAGCUUGACUACAAGACCUGUCUGAACUAACACAGAUGCUUGAUUUUUGGUUGAACUAUUCCUUUAAUGAAAGUCAAAUGAAGAGCACAACAAACACUCAUCACCAUAUUAGUGUUUUCCAAGUAAACAUCAACAAAACGUAUUAAAUGUUAAUUCCCAGUAAACUGGUUUGUAAUAAGUAAUGGUAAUGGUGUUUGCAGAGUUGUUUAAUGUUCCUCUGGUGAGACCUUGAGAGAUUUAAUGGGUUCUGUUAUUUGCAAGUGAUGUUCAUUAUUCAGUUUUUGUGGCUGUAAAACUGUUGCAGUUGUGUUCAUCUCUUGUCUUUUUUUCUGUUCUUGUUCACAUGAUUCUGUGAUUCUGCUUGUUAGCAGCAGGUGUUCAUCAUUAAUGACGAACAUUAAUAUAUAGUUUUUAAAAUUUCUACAGUACUGUUUUUGUUGGAAAACAGGAUUUUACUGUAGAAUUUUUCAAUUUCUUUCACAGCAAUUUUAGUGUAGCCUAGUUGAAUAUUAUUACAGUAUCAUUUUUACUGACCAGUAGCAUAUCUACAUUAGAUGGAGGGGGCGCUGUUGUGCAAAAUGUGUGGGAUAACAAAAUAAUACUAAUUUAUAUUAUAUAAAUAUCAUAUUUAUAUUAUAUUAAUCAUUGUUUAUUUUAUGUCUAUUAAGUUUGAAAAUAAUAUUUUUUGUUAUUACGUUUAUUAUUAUUAUUAUAUUUAAGCAAUUAAAAUGGUCCUCUAUGUAUUAUGCCUGAAGAUUUGGAGAACGUCAUGCGCAUGCAUAACAAAUGUAUUAUACCAAAGGAACAUAUUAACCUUGGCAAGUAAUACAGCAAGAACCAUGAAAAUGAUUUAAACAUUGAUACGAAAUGCAAUAGGUCAGAGAAGGUUAAAUGCUCCUGCUAUUGUUUUCAUUAAAAUGAAUUCAGCAGAGCUAAACUGGUGAGUCAAGCAAGGUUUUUUAAUCAUUUGUUGGUUAGUCAGCUUGAAGCACACUGUUCAAUUUAGUUAAUGUUAUGAGAUGUGAUCUUGAUGAUAGAUUAUGUAGUCUAUUAUAUAGCCUUUAUUUUCACAAAUUAACUUUAAUUUGCUGUAUGACUUUCAUGUGUUAUUGGUAAUUUGUAAUAAAUUAUUAUUAGGGACAUUUGUGCAUAAUGGUCUAAACUGCUUAACUGCAAAACACUGAACUUUAUGUUGUUUAGGUACACUUCGGUAUUGACAUAUUAUAUGUAUUAAUUUAUGUUUCAUGCUUUUAUUUUGCUUUAAACUUAAAAGAAAAUAUAUAUAUAGAACACUUUAAAAAUAAACCAUGAAUUUAAAAUUAUAAGAGACUGUGAACUCAGAAUACAUUAUACUUGUUGGAGCCUAUACCAACAUGUAUAUGUUAAAUGUUUGUUUUUAAUAUUGUAUUGUUAUUCAUUCAUCCUGUGAAAAUGUUAUAGAUGCCUGUUCAGAUAACAACCUCUGUUGUCCUGAUAGCAAAAGUUGUUGCUAUAUUCACCUACUUGCCUUAACGUAAUCUGUUAUGAGAUGUGUACUGGUUUUGUUGAACUUUGCAUGUGUAUCUUUGUUAUGUGAGAGACAUACACUCAUCUAACGGACUAUUAGGAACACCAUACUAAUAAUGUGUUUGACCCCCUUUUGCCUUCAGAACUGCCUUAAUUCUAGGUGGCAUUGAUUCAACAAGGUGCUGAAAGCAUUCCUUAGAAAUGUUGGCCCAUAUUGAUAGGAUAGCAUCUUGCAGUUGAUGGAGAUUUGUGGGAUGCACAUUCAGGGCACGAAGCUCCCGUCCCCCCACAUCCCAAAGAUGCUCUAUUGGGUUGAGAUCUGGUGACUGUGGGGGCCAUUUUAGUAUAGCAAAUUCAUUGUCAUGUUCAGGAAAACUAUUUGAAAUGAUUUGAGCUUUGUGACAUGGUGCAUUAUCCUGCUGAAAGUUGCCAUCAGAGGAUGGGAACAUGGUGGUCAUAAAGGGAUGGACCUGGUCAGAAACAAUGCUCAGGUAGGCCGUGGCAUUUAAACAAUGCCCAAUUGGCACUAAGGGGCUUAAAGUGUGCCAAGAAAACAUCCCCCACACCAUUACACCACCACCAGCAUCCUGCACAGUGGUAACAAGGCCUGAUGGAUCCAUGUUCUCAUUCUGUUUACGCCAAAUUCUGACUCUACCAUCUGAAUGUGUCAACAGAAAUUGAGACUCAUCAGACCAGGCAACAUUUUUCUAGUCUUCAAAUUCCAAUUUUGGUGAGCUCGUGCAAAUUGUAGCCUCUUUUUCCUAUUUGUAGUGGAGAUGAGUGGUACCGGUGGGGUCUUCUGCUGUUGUAGCUUAUCCGCCUCAAGGUUGUGCAUGUUGUAGCUUCACAAAUGCUUUGCUGCAUACCUCGGUUGAAACGAGUGGUUAUUUCAGUCAAAGUUGCUCUUCUAUCAGCUUGAAACAGUCGGCCCAUUCUCCUCUGACCUCUAGCAUCAACAAGGCAUUUUUGCAUACUGGAUGUUAUUCCCUUUUCAUACCAUUCUUGUAAACCCUAAAAAAUCCUUGUGUGUAAAAAUCCCAGUUACUGAGCAGAUAGUGAAAUACUCAGACCGGCCCGUCUGGCACCAACAAUCAUGCCACGCUCAAAAUUGCUUAAAUCACCUUUCUUUCCCAUUCUGACAUUCAGUUUGGAGUUCCGGAGAUUGUCUUGACCAGGACCACACCCCUAAAUGCAUUGAAGCAACUGCCAUGUGAUUAGAUAAUUCCAUCAAUAAGAAAUUUAACAGGUGUUCCUAAUAAUCCUUUAGGUGAGUGUAUUAUUAUAAGCACUAGGUAUAGUAAUGUCACUCUGAUGCCCCCUAAAGGAUGUAAUUUAAAAUGCAUUUCAGUAGUUUUGUAAAUAAGUAAAGCAGGUGCAUUUACUGUAUCACGGUAUAAUGCCCACAGUGUCAUUGUUUGUAGAUUUGUUUUAUUCACCUGUAAGCAAAAAGACAAAUUCCUAAAAAUAAGAUUUUGGUGAGCUUAAUGACAUAAUGUAGACUGUUAUGCCUACCGUCUUUACUCUCACAGCGGUCUUUAGUGAGGAAUAAUUAUUAUUAGAAGUGUUCUGCUUAACAUUUUAAAAUCAUUUAAUGGUGUUUCAGAAAACAAUAUUCUAUAACCGGCACAAAAAUUUGCAAUACAUAAAAACAUAAAAAGCCAACAAUAAAAAAAGACAUCAUAGUAAUAAAAUACAAACAACAUACAGGAAGCAACCUUUUUACAAAUGUAAAAACAUGAUUAGCUGCAUUAUGCUGUAACAUUGUGUAAAACAUUCAAAAAGAUUAUAAAUCUAUUCCCAAUAAAAAU